AUGGGGGAAAUGGAGUUAUCGUUGGACGUGGAGUAUCCAAACAACUUAGUGGAGAUUGGCCAAUCGUCGAUUGAUGGUGGAGGCUCGGGAAUAUUCGUGAAUCUGGAAAAAUUACGUCAAUUACCUCCGUCAAAGACGUAUAGUCUCAUCGUUGUAAAGAGAUCAUCCACCAUUUCAUUGGAGGAAUGCCAAAGGGUUCUCCAAUCACUAUCAGAAACCUCCAAGUCUAGUGAAAUAAUUCGCCAUUGCCUUCUUUUUGUUCACCAGCAUCUCGGCGAUCAGCUCACAGAAACCUUGAUCGUCUUUUUUUACGUUGUAGGAUACCAUUGUAUCAUUGAGCUCGGACUGGAUGUCCCUCAAAUUAGCAAGUUCAAGUCUUAUCUGCAGGUUCUACUGAACACUGAAGUUAAUUCCAUCCAGAAAGAUUCGUUGGAGGAGUUAAAUGCUAUCGAGCCAUACAUGUCGAGAGAUUUUUUGUUUCAAGUAAAUUUAAAAGCAUUGAAAAGUGACUAUGCUAUUUAUGAACUUUUCAUUGAAUCUGUUGAAAAGUAUGGUAUCACCCAAGACAAGCUGUCUAUAGAACAAUUUCUCCAAUUCAAAGCUGCUGUUAAAUCUAGGACCUUGGAAAUUCCCGGGAAAGUUUUAGAUGACGAUCAAUUUUCAAUCUCAAUUACUAUGGUUCCCAUACUGGACUAUAUCAACCACAGCAACAGUUUAACUAACUCAUUCUUCGAUGUCAACGAAGACAACGAUAUUGUUUUGAAAUUUGAGUACUCUUCCGAGGCUUUUGAUGGUCAAUCAAGCCAAGAAUUGUUCAUCUCUUACUUGCCGUUAGAGGAUGUUGGAAAAUUGUUUUUCAAUAGUGGAUUCAUCCCCACCGAUGACGGUUAUAAGAUAAUUCAAUUUCCUAUCAACGAGAUAGAUCGCCAACUUUUGAUCGAAAACGAACUGCCAACCUCCUACAUUUUUCUUCUACAAAUCAAGGAUAACGAAAUAGUACAAGUAACCUUUCCUUUUGAUCAUCUGAUGAAAGAAGUCACCAACUCCGAUCUAACCACUUAUCAUGCUAUUGUCGCUCAAGAUUGUACCAAAGCAUUGGAGAAACUUCCCUCUAAUGUCAAGGGAAACAUCUCUGCUUACGUUUCAUUCAUACGCAAGGUUCUUCAAUUUGUAUCCAGGCAGAAACCAGAAACUUUCAGCCAAUUCACAGGUCCUAGAGAUGAAUCGCUAAUACAAGAGCUAUGCUCCUUGAUAUGGCCAUCGACCAAUAUAUAA